UUUGCACUAUUCAGUGUAUCCGUUUAGUAGAAGAAGAAAAGAGAUCUAGUAAAUAUGAGAGGAGGACUAAGGCCACGAACACCCAAACUUGCUCAAGGUUUCUACGAAAUUGAAGAUGUGAGAAAGAAAAGGGUUCGCAAGGGGCAUACUGAAUAUCUCGUAAAAUGGCGUGAUUGGCCUGAGAGAUCAAAUACAUGGGAACCUGUUGAGAAUCUACAUGAAUAUGUUGAUGAAUUUGAAGAAAGCUUACUUUUGAGAAAGCAAAAGAGGAAGCGGAAGGGUAGAAUCGCAAGUAAAUCAUCUCAUAGAGAGGGAAAUGAAGGGAAUGAGACGAAUGAAUUAGGUCAUGAGGCACUGAACGAUGAGGAUGUGGGUACAAUUAUUACCCUGCAAACUCGUGAGAAUGAGAGUGUUUCUUCCAAACUCACUGAGCUCAGAGAGAGAACCUCCACAGACAACUUAAACUCUGAGAAUGGGAAGAAGAAGGUUUCUGAUAACAUGUUAGAAGGUCAUAUUCCAGAAGUAGAUUUUGAUGAAAGUACUGCUCACAGUAAUCGUUUGACAGGAGCUAAAAGGAGGAAAUCUGGAAAUGCCAGGAGGUUUCAGAAGGAAUCAACUGUAUUAGACGAUGCUCAAAAUGGAGAAAAGGAAAGGUUGUCUAAUUACCCACAUUCUAUAACCAAGAUCAUCAAAGCAAUCGGUUAUUCAGUUUCAAUAAAAGACGGUGUACAAGAUGAUGUGCGUGUCACGUUUCUGGCAGUAAGAGCCGAUGGAGCAGAGGUGGUUGUGGAUAAUAAACAGCUGAAGGCUGAUAAUCCGCAACUGUUAUUCAGUUUCUACGAGCAAAAUCUUCGUUAUAGCUUUCAUGAAUGAGAAAGGAGUUAUCAGAGAAGAUAGCAUAUGUUUUGUAAUGCCCGACUUUAAUAUUUGAAAUCUUGUGUUUUGAUUACUCUUCUGUAGGGUCUGCCGUGUGGAAGUUUAUAGGGAACAAAUUUACAUUCAACAUCUCAACAUCUCAAUAUUAAAUAUGUAUGUAUAUGACACUGGAUUACAUUAAAAAAAUGUGUUAAAGGUUGAAGCACAACAAACCAGCAAUAAAAGACGAUUAAUAA